AUGAGUUAUUCAUUAGUUGAAAUUAAAUUGCGUCGAUUUAUAUACUUGGGACACAAAAAUUCAAUUUAUGUAAAUCCAAUUCAUCAAUCAAAAUUUUGGAAACAAGAAAAAGAUUUCUAUGAAUUAAAUGGUAUAAAAUUGAUUUCGAAGAUAAUUGCACAAAAUAAAAUUAAAGAAAUUAACUCUAUUGUUCCAAUAAUCUUAAAGAUCGAGCAAGAAAAGAACAUUGAAAAUUAUGAAUAUUUAAUGUAUUUAUUGGCUGUAUGUUCAAAAUUUCAUGAAAAACRAUGUCAUAAAAUGGUAUCUGACGUCUAUAAAGUUCUUAAAAUCAUUUGUACGGAUGGAUUAAAAUUAUUGAUGUUCUAUAAAUUUUGUAAUAGUGCAGCUAAGAUUCUAUACAAACAUGGAUAUAUACCUAAAACAUCUUUAGGUUACGGUAAUGGCGCUCGAAAGACAUUUCAAAAAUGGUAUCUUAAUAGAAAUCCUCUUGAGACGAUUAAAUGUAUAAUAAAACAAAAGAAGUUUCGUGGUAUUAGUCACAAACAUAUUAUGAAUACAAUUCAUCUUGAUUCAAAGGACCUAAGACAUCAAAUAUACAUUGUAUACAUACGAUUUGGCAUUAAUAUAAUGCAACAAAUAUUUGAACCUAAAAUGCAGAAAGAGGAAUUAUCAAAGGAACAACAGUGUAUUUACAACUAUAUUAAAUUAGUGCAUCGUAUAGAAGCUAUAGAAGAUAGUAAAUUGAUAUGUGAUUCAAAAUGGAGUACUUUAGGAAAACACUUCAAUUUGAUAGUUCCAAAAAUGUUACAGAGUACAAAAGUUUUAAUUUCGUUUGUUCGACAUUUACCACUGAGAACAAUAUUAGAUAAUACUUACCUCUUACAGAAACAUGGCUUAUUCAAAAAUUUAUUAGGUAAACAGGGCCUUAUGGAAUUCAUAUCGCGCUUCAAAGAUCACGUAGCAGUAAAUGAAUCUGGAAUACAUCCAAUAGACUCAUAUUUAGAAUUUUUAAGAUAUGAAAGAUAUGACACUGUUAUUAGCAGUAUAAAAAAAAAAAAAGGAAACAAUCAUUUAAUGUGGUUUGCAACAAAUGAGAUUGAACAAAAAUGUUCUGAUAAUCUAGAGCUCGGAAUGAAAGAAGAUUGUGAAAAUAAGCUUAAAAAAUCUCCUAAAAAUUUCCCUAAUAGUCACCUAUAUUUCAUGAAGCCAAUUCCAACUCCUGUAUGUGAACUACAAAAGUUUUUAUCAACUGAUUUGGUGGAAAGAACUUUAAAAAACUUAAAACCAACAGGUCGUCAGUUAUUAAUAGCUUACGAUAAUCGAAUAUGUAUGGAGUCAGUGAAUUGUCAAUAUAUGCAUGUAAAAUUUGUCAAAGUCCUUGAUGCUAUUGUGUUGAUAAUACAGUCACUAGUUUACCAGGAGAGAUCAAACAAACCAACAAUAUGCGCAUUAUUUCAUCCAGUACAUCGAUUUAAAUGUAUUGAAGUUAACUAUCAACAAAAAUUGACAGUACAAUACUUUAAAAAAUGUUUGUUUCAAAAGUCCUCCAAAAAUAAUAAAUAUCCAAUAGAUCGAGCAAUUAGACCAUUAAGUACUGUCAAUUGGGCUAGAAAACGAGACAAAAUUUUUGAUGUUUUUCUGUUUCUGGGAACUUCUAAAAUGGAUUUAAGAGGUAUAAGAGAAACCAAGGCAAACUAUGAAGCAUCUUCAAAUUCAAAAAUUAAGAUUAUUAUUUGUUGUCUAAAUGGAAAACAUUCAGAACGUGUAAAUCUUAGUCGUGAUGGUAUGUUGUAUAUAACUGGUUUUGAUAAAAAUACUACGCUUAGUGAUGUUCUUAUUCAGCCAAAAAGAAAAAAUCCAAAACUAUGA